AUGGAUUGUUUAAUUUUUAAUCUGUACCAAUAUUUUUUUGGAAAGAACCACCAGAGUUCUGAAUCUGAAGACCAUUCUAAGGACUAUUUGAACAAUAUUAUGAUGGAAGAGGAGUGGAAUUCGAUUUCAACAUCAACAAUAAAAUCAACAAAUUCGAAACAUUCAAUUGAGGAGCAUCCUAGUCGAGAUGAAAUCGAUGUGUUCUCUUUAUAUAUCGAAGACAGAUUGAAAGAUACUAUUUCCAUCAAAGACCAAGUUCCGCAGUGUACAGAAUUAUAUAAAUGUUUGCAAAAUACUGUAAAGGAAUUAGGAGAUCAAAAAUACAUAUUCGACACACAAUUCAAAGGAUUGACAUUGAAUUUGAAUAACAACAAUAUUCGUUUGGUUGCCGUCGAAAACGACGUUAAAAACAUAAUGAUAAAAUAUAUGGGUCUAUCUCAAAUGUACGAAACACUACAAGACCAACUCGAAAUGGUUUCAGGGAAGAUCAAUGUGAAGUUUGAUCACUUGGAACAAAUUUUAAGGUACAAUAUAGCUGAGUGUUAUAGAACAAAUGAUACUCUCGAAGACGUGUAGUGCGUCAAAUCCAAUAACAGUUAAGUAAUAAUUGUAAAUAUAAGUCUCGCAUUGUACAUUUUAUAUUAUACAAUUUAUUGGACUCGUUUUUUAAUAAACCUUUUAUACAAUAUUCAAGAUUUUCUUUUUCUUUUUUUUUUGUUGAGUGCUCAAGCACCACAACACAGCUAUAGCCAAACGGCAAACACCCACCAGCCUAUGAUGUGGCCGAGGGUGAUAUCAGAUAAGAUAACAAUUCAUUACCAGCUAUAAAAUAGUAAUGACUUUUAUUUUGGAGAAUAGCAUCCAUUUUAUAGUUAAGUAUUGGUGUACUAUUCAUUUUUUACUUAUUUUAUUCUAUUUUACUGCACGUUAGUCAGUAAUGUUGUCAAGUUAUCAUAGUUAUUAUUAAAAUAGUAAUUAUUUUUGCAUUUGGAUAUAUUUUGCUAACCAUUAUUAU